GCCCGGGGGUUCCUGGGGGGGGUCCCGGGGGGUCCCGAGCCCCCCGUGCCCGGCCCGGGCCGAGCGGAGGCGGCGGCGCCAUGCAGGAGAGCUACGAGGCGCUGAUGCUGCUGGAUUUCCCCGUCGCCAGGCCCAACCUCGUGUCCCGGCCGGAGCCCGAGGAGGAGUUGGGGGUGCCGGACCCCAACGACUCGAAGGAGUGGCAGAUCCUCAGGGUGGCCCCCCCAGACUCCGCCCCCCCGAGCGACGAUGACUCCGCCCCCGCCGAUGACUCCGCCCCCGAGGCCGAAGUCUCCGCCCCUCCCCCCACGCCCGACUCCCUCCUCCUCCUCCUCCUCCCCUCCCCCUCCCCGUCCCCUCCCCCCGCCCCGCCCCUCCCCCCUCCGGGUGGGCGUGGCUCCCGCCGGGGGCGUGGCCUCCGCGCUCACCUGGGCCGCCGCGCGCACCUGGGCGGGUUCGGCCACGCCCCCCCGCCGGCCACGCCCACACAGCGGCCACGCCCCCCGGGGAGGGGCCAACGGGGGCGGGGCCAGCGGGGGCGGGGCGCUCACCUGAGCCCCCUCACCUGCGCGGAGUGUGGGCGGGGCUUCCGCUACAGCUCCGCCCUCCUGAAGCACCGCCACGCCCACGGGGAGGAGCCCGAGGGCCGCCGGAGGAGGAGGAGGAGGAGGAAGGCGGCGCCCGGGCACACCUGCGGCCGCUGCGGGGCGGGGCUGGGGCGGGGACACGCCCUCCUGGCGCACCUGAGCGGCCACGCCCCAGACACGCCCCUGCGCUGGGACACGCCCCCGGGCUGUGACACGCCCACCGGUGACACGCCCCUCACCUGUGACACGCCCCUCACCUGUGACACGCCUGAGGUUGGGGCCACGCCCCUCACCUGCGCGGAUUGUGGGAGGGGCUUCGGGGGAAGCUCCGCCCUCAUCCGGCACCAGCGGCUGCACCUGGGCUGAACGGACCGGAACUGGAACCGGAACCGGAACCGGAACCAGGACUGGGAAAAUCCGGAACCGGGGAGAAUCCAGAACUGGAACCGGGACCAGGGAAACUCCGGCACGGGAACUGGGACCUGGACCUGAACUGGGACCAGGCAAAAUACGGAACCGGGACCGGGACCGGGACUGGGAAAGAACCAGAACCAGGACUGGAACCGGAACCGGGACCAGGGAAAAUCCGGAACCGGAACUGGAACCAGAACCGGGACCAGGGAAACUCCGGAACUGGAACUGGGGACCUGGACUGGGGCCAGGGAAACUCUGGAACUGGAACUGGGACUGGGACACAGCCAGAACCAGGACUGGAACCAGAACCGGGACUGGAACCGGAACCGGAACCGGGACUGGAACCGGGACUGGGGAAACUCCAGAACUGGAACUGGGACCAAGAAAACUCCGGAACCGGAACUGGGACCUGGACUGGGAAACAACUGGAACUGGAUUCCUCUGGAACCAGACCGGGACCGGAACCGGGACUGGGAAACCUCCGGAACCGGGACCGGGGCCCCCCCCGGGCCGGUGGGGCAGGAGGGGAAAGGACUCGGGGACGUUUCCGUGCCCGCGGUUUGGGGGGGGCCCAGGACCCCCAGAUCCGUUCCAGCCCCCCCCGAUCCAUUCCGGACCUUUGGAAUCCAUUCCUGACCUUUGGAAUCCAUUCUGAACCCCCAAAAAUCCAUUCCGGACCUCCCAAAACCCAUUCCGGACCUCUGAAAUCCA